GGAGUUUUCUAAAUAGUCUGUGUUUGGAAUUGGAAUAGAUUUGAUAUAUUUAAUUUUAAGUUUUGAUUUGCGUUUUCUAAUUUGUUAUUAUUUAUUUAUAUAAGCAAACCAUUAAGUAUGUGUUAUAUUUUAUAAUAUAAAAUGUCGGAACUAAAAAUAUGCAGGAUAUGUUUACGUACCGAAUCCAAAAUUUACAAAUUCGAUCGAUUCCAGCUCAAGUAUUAUUAUGAAGAAGUUAUGGCGUUAAAAGUAAAUUUGACAGAUGGCCUACCUCACUACUUCUGUUAUGAGUGUGCAACAUUAUUACACAAAUUCCACAAGUUUAAGGAAAAAUGCUACACUGGACAGAAAGUACUCAGAGAAAUAUUGUGGAGAGGGCCUAUAACCUAUGAAGCUGUGUAUAAAGUAGACAGAAAGAGUAUAAACCUCUGCUCCGCAUUAGACAUAAUUACUGUGAGUACAGCCCAAGUCAAGACAUAUUUUAUUAAUGAAUCUAAUAAUGAUAAUCAAUCUAAUCUUAAGGAGAGUAAUGAUGAACAGUUUAAUAUUAAAAAUAAUGAUGAUCAGGCUAGACUGAAGAAGAAUAUAUCAGAUGAUGAGAAUGAAAUUGAAGCGGUAGACGAUGAUUGUGUACAUGAUGACUCUUAUAGUGAUCAUCACGAUCCAGAUAAUGACCCAGUAGAUAAUGAUAUAGAUCAUAAUUUAGAAAUUGAUGAAAAUAUCAAUGAAACAGAAGAUAAGAAGAUUGAACUAGAAUUAGAAAUUGUGAAUGAGGAGAAAGUAGAUGUUAAAUUACCUUGUAGUCCAAUAAAUGUAUUUGUAGACGAUAAAAAAGAUAUUGUACAAAUUAAAAGUGAAGAGAUUAAAGUGAAAAAAAGGAAAACAUCCACAAUAGCAAUUACGCCAAAUAAAAAGAAAUACUCGUUUAAAGCUAUUGAUAAAAAGACGAACAUACUUGAGGGUGAACACUGGAGAAAGAUUUCGUUGGAUGAAGAAGAAGCAAUCAAAGAGUUCAGAGCCAGAUCUGAGGAUCCAAAGUAUAUAGCUGCAGCAUUCAAGUGUACAGAUUGCUUUAAAGGUUUCUCAAAACAAGAGAUGUUGAAUAGGCAUAAACACUUAAGACAUAAUGAGAUAUCACAUUCGUUCGAAUGUCGCUUCUGUCGCAUGCGGUACUCGAUGGACUGCUAUUUGAGAAAACAUAUGCGCCAACACUACACCAAAUACGAAUGUCUACGAUGCAACAGGAUCUGUCCGCUGGAAACCACAGCCUUGUUACAUGAAGAAUAUCAUAGUGGUGUACUUAGGAAAUGCAUACAUUGUGAUGAAGAAUUUAGGCAUAUGUCGACGUAUUACACACACCUGCGCACGCACAGGAGCGAGCAUGUGUGCACUCUAUGCGGGGUGUCAUUCGUCAGUAUGGCGGGUCUGCACCAACAUAAGAAAGUGAAACACGUCAACAACGAGAUCGAAAGUCCAGAUGAUGAAGAAGAAGUGAACACGUACUGCGAGCGGUGCAAUAUUCGUUUCGAGACGCGAAAGGCGUACGACGAGCAUCUGUUUCACUCUGUACUGCACAUAGAAGCCGAUUGUAACGACUCCCAGGAGGAUAAUAGUACGCCAGCACCAAGAAAAGUGCUCGGCAAGAAAGAGCAAGCGAAGAUUGCAACUGAGUUAAGGAAAAGGAAACCUGAUCAAGAGCUGGUAAUCACCGGCGUCGCGACCAAGUCAAGGCGUAGGAAGCCUAAACGACUGAGGACUAAACCGACCACUUGUCACCAAUGCGGCAAACACUUCGAGACGCAGGCGGCCUGCCUGAAGCACCAUCUAGCGGAGCACCCGCGCACCUCCUUCUGUCCGCCGACUGAGAGGUACAUAUGUGAAAUAUGCGGCGCUUCUUUAGCGCCAGGAAGUAUAGCUGUUCACCAGAACAUUCACACCAGGGAGAGGGUGUACCCUUGCGACAUUUGCGGCCGCUCGUUCCACGCCAGCGUCGGUCUGAAGCGACACCUAGUGACGCACACAGGUGAGAAGCCGUUCGCGUGCACGCUAUGUGACAAACGGUUCACACAAAGCAACAGUAUGAAGCUCCACUACCGCACGUUCCAUCUGAAACAGCCAUAUCCUAAACGAAACAGAAGAAAAAAGAAAGAACUUUUACCUGAAACGGCCGACGCGGAAGAGUCGAAGAGCGGCGAAGAGUCCGAUAGUAUGCCUGAACCGGAAAUUAUUUCUAUACACGAACCGGGCCUCGAACCGGUACCCAACGCGCCCAAUGUGAUAAACAGACCAGACGAGAACAUGCAUUACUUAACAUUAACGUAGAAGUUUGUAGAUAAAAAAAUAGGAUUAAUUGUCUUUUAUUUAUUGAAUUUCGAACGGAGAUUCUUAAUUCAAUUGUAUUUUUUUUUUUCUACUAUUGAUAACGAUAAUGUUUAUUUAUUGAAUUUCGAAUGGAGAUUCUCAAUUCAAAUGUAUUUUUUUUUUUCUGGUUAUGAAAACGAUAAAGUUUACUUUAUUUAUUGAAUUUCGAACGGAGAUUCUUAAUUCAAUUGUAUUUUUUUUUUUUUCUACUAUUGAUAACGAUAAUGUUUAUUUAUUGAAUUUCGAAUGGAGGAGAUUCUCAAUUCCAAUGUUUUUUUUUUUCUGGUUAUGAAAACGAUAAAGUUUAUUUAUUGAAUUUCGAACGGAGAUUCUUAAUUCAAUUGUAUUUUUUUUUUCUACUAUUGAUAACGAUAAUGUUUAUUUAUUGAAUUUCGAAUGGAGGAGAUUCUCAAUUCCAUUGUAUUUUUUUUUUCUGGUUAUGAAAACGAUAAAGGUUAUUUAUUGAAUUUCGAACGGAGAUUCUUAAUUAAAUUGUUUUUUUUUUCUACUAUUGAAAACGGUAAUGUUUAUUUAUUGAAUUUCGAAUGUAGCUUCCUAAUUCCAUUAUAUCCUUUUUCUAUUUUUAAAAACGAUAAAAUAACUCACAUAAAAACUGACGCCAUUAUUCAUAAAAAAAGUCAAACUUUUUAUAAACCUGUUGAUUGAUUGAGCUAUUGAAGUGUUUUAUUAUUUUUUUUUUUCGCUCUAUGUUCUUAAUUUGAAAGUUAGCGACAAAACACUCUUAUAGUUAAAAUGGUUUUGUAAGACGUUUUAGUUUUUACGAAUAAGAGGUUAUAUGUUCCGCUAAUGGGCAUGGCUAUCUCCCCCUAAAAUGGAGGUUAAAUCCAAUGAAUACUGCCAGAUUUAUGUGUACAAGUUACAAGCAGAACAUCUUACACAACGCCACCUAGAUUCAAACUAGGCGUGGGUAGUAUGGAUACUGAUCUAUAAUCUAUAUAUUGGAUUUCUCUGGGCAUUGAUGACGGAAAAAGGUCAUUACCCAUUUUGAUAUCGGUCGGAUAGUUAUCCGAUAAUAAAAAUAAAUAUUUUCGACUAUGUUAAAAGUCUGUUAUCCAAUGAAUUUACAGGGCACAGAGGAAUAACACCUGAGUCCUCAGGAAUGGCAACGCAUGGGGGGUAUCAUGGGCGAAACAGUAUACUUUGUUAUGCCCAUGGUACUGCUCAUGUCUAUAGGCGACGGUUACCACUUUCCAUCAGGUGGGCCGUCAGCUCGUUUGCCGUUCUAAGUUGUAUAAAUUUUUUUUUUGUUAACAAUCUUUUAAAAUAUUAGUUAUUGGACCAUUUAAUAGAUAUUGUAACUAAAUUAUGAAAAAAUACUAAAAAUUAUGGCUAUAUAUUACCUACCCCUAAAUCCAAAAUAAGCAGAGCCUGUACUGUGGGUACUACAUAUACAUAAAACAUUUUCUUUUAAUAUAUACAUAAUAUAUUUGUAACGCUGGUCAGCUAACUUGGCAUAUGAUUUUUAUUCAAAUUUUCUUUCUUUUUAGCCAACCUCAAAAAGAAGGAGUUUCUCAAAUCGGUUGUUUUUUUUAAUUUUAUUUUUGUUACUUCAUAACUCCAGUUGUUAACCGAUUUGAAAAAUUCUUUUUUUAUUCUUUACAAAUUGAUCCCAUAGAAAUUUUAUGACAAUUGGUUUAGUAAUUAAGUUUUUAAAUCAAAACUGGUUUUGUAACCUAUUACGACAUAUUGUGAGUUAUUCCCAUUGUCGCCUCUUCCAACUUUCUGCGGUAUAAAUAGAAUGGCUACAUUUUGUGAAUCUUACUGAUUCAUACUAAUAGUGUAAUACUAAAAAUGAAUUAUCAAAAAUAAACAAAAUUAAAUUACCACUGACACAUACUAUAAAUCCAGCAGGAGCAUUUAUUUUUUAAUUAAUUUUUUUUUUUUGUAUAAAUAUAAUACAUUAUACUGUCUAAUAAUGAUUACAUUUUUAAAUUAUUUGAAAAUAUUUUCUAUUGUCAUUAAUCUAUUGAUGUGGCAUUAUCGAAUAUAAGAUGAUUUGAGUA